AUGGCAUACUUUUCGUAUACAUUGGCGAUUUUUUUAGUUAUUUUCAAUGAAUUUUUUUAUGUUCAAGGCUCUAAUGCUUCAGCAUCAUUAAUAGAAAAUAAUGUCAAUAGUUCAUGUUGUAUAGAAAAGAACCAUCGCCAGGAAAUAUUUAAAAUUGAAGCUGAAAUACUUUCUUGUGUGGCAAGUUUAACCAAGUCAGCAGGCAUAGAAGCUUCUACCAAAUAUGCGUUGAGCAGUACUGUGUUCAUGCCUGUCCUAUCAACUGUAGCAGUUGAUAUUGCUCUAGAAUUAACCGAUGAUAAAUCAGAAAAAGAAGCUUCAAAUAUUACAAACACUAUUGACUUGAAAAAUAACACUUUUAAACCUUUUAAUGAAUGGAAACAGCAAAAGUUAUAUAAUACACUUUCUGAUUCAAAAAUUAGAGCACAAAGGACAAGAUCUCCUGUCAACCAAGAUUUAGAAGAACAAGAUUUAAUAGGAGGAGAAAUGGAAAUUGAUUUAGGCUUUUUCACAGAAAAAGAAAUAGAUAAUGAAUUACCUGAAGUUAAAGUAUACAAAAAUAAGUUUAAUUAUGCUUCUUUGGAUUGUGCUGCAACUAUAAUGGAGACAAAUUCAGAUGCAUCAGGAGCAAAUUCAAUUCUAAUAGAAAAUAAAGAUACGUAUCUUUUAAAUCCUUGUUCAGUAGCAAGCAAGUAUGUCAUAAUCGAAUUAUGCCAAGAUAUUUUAGUUGAACAAAUAGCAAUGGCAAAUUUUGAAUUCUUUUCCUCAACUUUUAAAGAUGUUAGAUUUUCUGUUUCAGAUAGAUACCCUAUAACUAAAGAUGAAUGGAAAGUUAUUGGAAAUUUUAAAGCUCAAAACUCUAGAAAUAUACAAAAUUUUAUGAUAGAAAAUCCCAAAAUUUGGGCUAGAUAUUUAAAGAUCGAAACUAUCUCAUUUUUUGAUAAUGAAUAUUAUUGUCCUAUUAGUGUUGUCAGAGUUCAUGGUAAGACAAUGAUGGAUGAAUAUAAAAUGAGCAACAUCGAUAAACAUGAUAGGGAAGGAAUAGAAUAUAAAUAUUCCGAAGCAGUAGAAGAUGAUGAGAUCGAAAUGGUGUGUGAUCCGAUUAAUGAAAUAUCAGGACAUAAUUUUACAAAUGUAAUGUUCAUGAAUAACCGUUUAAAUUUUACCGAAUCUGCAUUACAACCAUUGACAUUCGAUGAUUAUCUAAAAGAGGUAAAUAGAACAUUUUGUCCUCCUAGACCAUAUAAAAAUUCAUCAGCAACUUCUUCUUUAUCAUCAUCGGGAUCAACUGAAGAUUCCAUUUUUAAGAACAUAAUGAAGAGAUUAACUUCAUUAGAAUCAAAUACAAAUUUAACUUUCUCUUACAUCGAGGAACAGAGUAGAUUACUUUCAGAAUCUUUCGAAGCAUCAGAGAGAAGUCACGUCAAGAAACUAACUUUUAUUAUUGAUGCAUUCAAUAUAACAGUACAACGUAAUAUUCAAUCUUUAAGUGAAUUUGCUGGACAAUUAAAAGAACAAUCUCUUAGAAUUUUAGAGGAACAAAAAUUGAAUAAUGAUUUUUUUAGCACCCAAAACGCUAGAAAAAUGGAGCGUAUGGAAAAAGAGAUAGCAUAUCAAAGAAGAGUAAUAUAUUUCAUUUUAUUUGUUCUAUCGGCACUUGUACUAGCCACGAUUCUAAAUAAAGAAUUUUAUUUCGAUGAUUACAACCAACCGGAUAAUUGGAUGGAAUCAAAGCCAAAACCAACCGAAAAUAAAUCAUAUAGUAAGAAUGAUUUCAUGAUGAAGAUUGACGCUCAGAAAAAGGAACAAUUUACUUUAUCACCUUAUUCUUCAGGGUCUGCAUAUUCUGAUAUUGAAUAUUUACAAAAUUCUUUUGACAAUGGUAAUGAAAGUGACUCUAAAUUGAAUACAAACAGCAAUUUUAUUAAUGAAGAAAUAUCUAACUUAAAAUUCACCAAGUCAGAAACUUUUGAAAAAAGUAAUAGUUCAGACUUUAAUAAUGACACCGAGAAUCAUUUGACUUUCUCCAAAUCUGAUGCCUUUGAAAAUUCUUUUGAUAGAAAAUAUAAUAACCAACAUGGCAACACUCUUACCUUGAGUAAAUCUGAUACUUAUGGGGAUAAUUUUAGAUCAGAUGACCAAGGCUCAAUUAACUCAGAUCAAGAAUGGGAGUACUAA